CUACGUYCUAGACACUGUCUUCGUCGAACCAACAGCCGUUUAGCACCAAGGUGAAAGGAAAAAAGAGACAGUAAGGACCCAGACAAAGCAAAAACGACGGAACAAAUUUAGAACAUGAAUAUUCAAAAACGCAAUGACGUGACCAUCUACAAUCUGUCUUCUGGGCCGAUGCUCCCGGAAUGGCUGGGUGAUCGGGCUAGGCGCAAUCUUUCCAAACGAGAUGAGCAAAUCCGGCGGAGGAUCGAACUAAUUCAAGACUUUCAGAUGCCCGCGAGUUCUUCGAAGGUUGUUCAAUCAAAUGGUGAUGGCCGUUAUAUCGUUGUGGGGGGAACCUAUCCACCUCGGAUUCGAUGCUACGACAUUCACGAUUUAACGAUGAAGUUUGAAAGAUACAUGGAUUCACACAUAGUCGACAUCGUGAUGCUCGGAGAAGAUUACGGAAAAAUUGCUAUUCUGACGGACGAUCGCACCAUCAAUUUCCAUGCACACUACGGAAAACACGAAAAGGUUAGGAUUCCAAAGUUUGGGAGGGGGAUGGCCUACGAAUCGACAACUUGUGAGCUCUUGAUUGUCGGGAGUGGUUCCGAAAUCUACCGGCUUAAUUUGGAAGAGGGGCGUUUCAGCGAACCCUGGUCGAUCGAAGAUUCGACGCAGCCAACAUGCUCGUGCAUUUCCGUUUCUCCGGCGCAACCAUUGGUUGCCAUUGGAUGCGAUGACGGCAUCGUUCGGUUCUUUGACAAUCGUUCGCCGGAUACACUGACCCCCUUUUUGAAGCUAGAUGUCAAGGCCGCUACCAAAGGAAUGGGGUUCUUUGACGACAACGACAGCAACUCAGGCGCGCCCUACUGUCAAAAUCCAUUCAAUAUCACUUCCGUCGCCUUCGAUACAACGGGUUUGUACAUGGCUGCGGGAACUGCUGGUGGGUUGGUUGCACUCUACGAUGUCCGGUCRAGUAARCCACUUUAUGUCAAAGAGCACAAGCACGGAUUGCCCAUUCAUACCAUCAAGUUUCACCCUGGAAGUGGAUGUGUCCUCAGCUCCGACGAGAAAUUGAUCAAAAUCUGGAAAUACAAAUCGACCGGAGAYUUGGUUGACAACAGUGCUGUUGGAAAUGCAUCGGAUAGAUUUGGUGGCAACAGCGACGAUGGUCURGGUGCAGUUGUUGCAAAUGUCGAAAGCGGUGGAAAGUUUUCGAACUUCAUCAUGGGAGGUGACGAGAAGGACCCAACAGGAAACAGGAGCGGACUAUUGUUAUGUACCACCGAUCAACCAAAAUUGGAGGCGUAUUACGCACCCAAGGUAGGUUUGGCGCCUUCCUGGUGUUCUUUCUUAGAGAAUAUCACCGAAGAGCUCGAAGAAAGAGAUCUGAAACGAGACUCUGGAUCUUCUGGAGAUGUUUUGGUUCGAGAUGGCCAAGAAACUGUKUUCGAGAACUACAAGUUCGUCAGUCACGAGGAUUUAGAAAAACUAGGAGUUUCGGACUUGAUUGGUUCGCCUUUGUUAAAAGCAUACAUGCAUGGUUUYUUCAUGGACAUCAACUUAUACAACAAGGUUCGUGCUGUGGCGAACCCCUUUGAAUACGAAGAGUACCGAAAGAAGAAGGUCAAGGAACGUUUGGAAGCUAAGCGGGCGAGUAGAAUUGCUCCGAAGGUAUCAAACAAAACCAAACAAACUUCGGUCAAUCCAGAUCUUGCUGCUCGUCUACAAAACAAAGCCCAAUCCAACACAAAGGCAGGCAAAGCCGCACAAGGUGUAUUGGCUGACGAUCGCUUYGGGAAUCUAUUUUCCAACAAAGACUUUGAAAUUGAUGAAGAAGACGAAAACUUUAAGAUGCGAAACCCAAGUGGUGUGGCUGCAAAUGCUAUCGCUCGCAAGAAAAAUGAUGACAUGGAUAGCGACGACGACAAUGAGAUUGACGAUUUGAAUGAAGGUGAAAAUGAUUCGGGCGAGGACGAGAUGGAAGGUGAUGACUUUGAUGAUGAUAGCGAUAGUGACGACGACGGUUUCCGAGGUGGAAAAGUACGAGGAGAAAAUUACGACGAAGUCAAGCAAAUGCAACGYAGAGCAAAAGAAUCGAAGUCGAAARAUCGCUCGAAAAAAUCGAAGAAGCCGGUCAUGUACGAGGCGAAUGAUCUGGGAGAUUCUGGUAAGGCCGCUCUUCAUGCUGGCUUGGCCGAAAGUAGAGUUCAGAUCGAAAUGAAAGAAAAGGCCCGGCGAAUGAAUAUUCCCCUGUCAAAGCGGAUCCGAAUGAAAGAAGCGGAAGAACCUGUUGUURAGAUUACAAAUAAAGGUGGCUCGAAAGAAAUUACUUACAUUCCUAAGGACUCAAGAAAGAAGAAAAGAAGCAACGAAGACAAUGGAUYGGAAGGAAAUGGGCGAUCCCGACGAAAUCGAAGGAGUGUGAAGGAUCUCAAUUUUCGAAGAUCAUCUUAAAAAAUCAUAAUGAAAGAAUUUCUAGCUACUCAUGAUAUUAAAUCGGAUGUAGUUACGAUUCUGUAAUCCUUCUUCAUUUAGUUGUUGUGAUCAAAUCUUAUGCGUGGUAUUCUCCAUCGAUUCUAGAAUAUCCUGCUCCAGGCAAUCCAAACAAAACGCGGGUACUAAAUACACCAUCGCUAUAAAGAACUAAUUUCUAG